AUGGGCCGAAAAUCCCCUAUAAAUUCGGGUGGCGGCGGCGCAGCUUGGGAAUCGGUGACGCCGACGAUCUCCGCUGCUUGUCUUUCCGUCGUUGCCAUCGCCAUGGACGUCCGUAGCGCCGCCGCGAGCGCCGCCGGCGCCCUCACCCCCUUCUCUGUCCUCCCCCCGAAGAGGAGAUGCGGGAUGGGUAGAGCCCGACGGCAUCUGAUCGUCGCAUCAAAGGGUAUGUGUCCGUCUGCUCCGAUUCCCGGCCUCGCUUCUCUUCGUCUCUGAUUUCUGAGAUCUUAGAGAUUCUGUUCUACUCUAGGAAAAGAGGACGAGGCUGAUCUCCAACGCGAUGCUGGGAAUACAAAUCUGGUUCCGUUUAUGGGAAACCACGGCCCGAUCGUCCCUCUUUCUAGGGUGAAUGCCGGACCCACUUCUCUAUUGCUUUGCCUCAUGUAAUUUCGUUGAUCGUGUCGCUGGCUUUCUUCCCGAUCUCCUCUCUGGCAGGAUGCUGCUCUGGGUAUGGUUCUGAGCGCAGCAACAGGCAGAGGUUGGACCACGGGUUCCGGGAUGGAGGGGCCCCCCGUCCCUGCUGCCGAUGCUGACGACGGGCUGAAAAAUCGAGCGGUCUCGACCUUCCCGUGGUCUCUGUUCACCAAAUCUCCGCGUCGAAGGAUGCUUAUCGCAUUUAGUUGCAACGUUUGUGGACAGCGCACAACCAGGGCCAUCAACCCCCACGCCUACACCGACGGAACUGUCUUUGUUCAGGUACCUUCUCUGCUCAUUGUUUGACGAUCUCUUCUCACAAUCUAUCUUCUAUUGCGUUACGCUUUGGUUAAAAUAGCUUUCUCUCUGAUUUUGCGCUGUAGUGUUGCGGCUGCAAUGUGUUCCACAAGCUGGUGGAUAAUCUCAAUUUGUUCGAAGGAAUGAAGUGCUAUGUGAAUCCAGAUUUCCUUCCCAAAGGUGACGGCAAACUGGAUCAGCUAGGUGGAAACGAUGACAAUAUAUUCCCAAUUCUCUGA